AUGGUAUUGAUGCUCAUUGAAACGUGGAAACAGGACUUUGGAGAGCGGUAUCCAUCCCUAGUAGCGGGUCAUGCAGUAUUGUUGGACAGGGGAUAUGAGUUUCCAAAUGAACGUGAAAGGUUGCAGCAAGAGAGAGAGCAAGAGGCAGAUUCUCGGCGAAAUCUUCAACGUGUAAGCAAUGUCAAAAAGGAGCAACGAGAUCGAGAGAUGAAGCAGUAUGUACUGGAGAUAGAGCAGGUGUUGAUAGAAAUGAAUCGCGCUUUUGAGAUUUUGGUGCCGACGUUGGAUACGUUUAUAGCAUCGGAUAGUCCACAAGAGAGAGAAUUGACGCGUUUAGCUGAUGGAUCGGCUGCACAAUUGAGCAACAAAGAGCACAGUGAAAACCUGAAGAGCGACGCACACGACAACAUAGGUGGAAUAGGAAAAUACGACCAGGAUGAUAUCCAUAACAUUGAAUGCAAAGCUGUGGCCGUGCCAGCAGCAGUAGCAGUAGAUGAAGAAGAGGAGGAUGUUGAGUGGGAAGAUGUAGCGACGGAUAGCGGUCGGACUUGCAAAAGUGGGAUGAGCUACAAUUCCGACGAGGACGAUGUUGAGAGCGAUCAAAUGGAUAUCAAUGAUAUUGUACAGGCUUACGGCCUCGGUAGCUCGUCGUACCAUCUGACUGUCGAAGUGUCGAAGCAAGUUUGCGAGGAGUCCUUGGAAAAUGACGUGCUAUUUCAAAGCUUGGCUGAUGGUGCACUGCGCAUGCGCAAACGCUUUUUGCCGUUGUUGGACGACUGGGAACAGCACUCAACGACAAGGCCCACCGCAUCAAGCCUUUCCACAUCUCCGUCCCAGCGCGAAGUGCUCCAACGGAUCUAUGAUCUGCGUGAUCGAAUAACGCGUGUAUUAUUGAAGUGGGACGAUCUCGUUCAAGGCUCGAAGUUUUCGAAGCGAUACGCCUCGACUCGAUCUACAGUAGUCUCGCAGCCUCUCGAUGCGUAUAAGCCUCGUACGAAGCGUAAACGUUAUGAGCGCUAA